CAACAUUCGAAAGUGUUCUGGAAUGUUCACAAUAAUCUAGAAUGUUCUCGAAUAUUCGCCAACAUUCCAGAAUGUUCUAAUAUGCUGUGGAAUGCUCUCGAAUACUCUCGAAUGUUCUGGACUGUUCUAGAAAUAUCUAGCCUCCGAGACCCGAGACACCUCACCAGGUACACAUUUUUGUAGGUAUAUAUUUCACAAUCUAUUAUGAACUUUCUUUUAUUAAGUUAAGGUUCAAAAUUCAAAAACAAAAACAACUGCUUCUUGGUCUCAGAGGGCGAAACUUUCAAAAGCACACCCUUCAGGUAAAAACGGAAAACUUCUUCAUGGACGGCAGAUAGAGGGCUACCACCCCAUAUAGCCUCCUUGAUCGUAUCGGGACUCAUUUCUGAGUUUUAGCGGCACGCACAUUGUACACUUUCUUUUAUUAUAUAUUUUGAUUAUGUAUAAUCUUUUUGGAAUAUAAAGUGUGCUAUCCAGAAAAUGUUAAAUGAUGUGUAACGCAAGUUAUCAAUAAACGAUUGAUUGAUUGAUUGAUAUACUUAAUUAUUAUUAAUAAUAACGCAUUCGUUUGACGCCUGAUUAAUAAAGCAAGGCGGAAAAAUACCUAUUUCUCAUAUAUGUGAUAGCCUUUAUUAUAAACUGUUAGUAUACCUACAACUCAUAGUGACGCAAGUCACGUAAAACGCUUCUGUGAUAAAAUAAAAUAAUAAACAUUCCCAAAAUAUUAUGUGAUUUAAAUUGGCAUAAUAUUAACUUGAACUGUUCAAGAUGAAGACCUUAUAUUUAGGAAUUCUGCUUAUAAUUGCGAAUUUAUUGAUCUGCUGUGAAUCAGCAAAAGUUCUAUAUUUAAUGCCAUUCCCAGCCAAAUCUCACUAUAUUGGCAUGAAGAACUUAGCGAUAGAACUUGCGAGAAGGGGACAUGAUGUGUACGCUAUCACUCCCUAUAAAGAAGAUGAACAUCCACCCACGUAUCACCAGCUAAUGGUAAAAAAUGAAUCUAUAUGGACUAUAUUAUUUGAUGUACCGCCACGAGUAUUCGACAUGAUGGAUGAAACAUUUGAGUCAUUCCAAAAUUUUAUGUACAAAUCUGCAUUUCUGAUGAACGACCUAGUGUUCGAGUCCAAAGAAGUGCAAGAGUUUUUGAAACAAGACCACAAAAUAGAUGUCGUUAUUACGGAACUAUGCUUCAAUGAAGGACUUUACAUGUUCGCUCACAAAUACCAAGCUCCUUUAGUGUUGGUGACGACCGUUGGGAACUCGUUUAAAGGAAAUUUCUAUAUGGGCAAUCCUCUUCAGCUUUCAACUUUGUUUCAUGAAUAUGGAAGAGCUAAAGAACCACUCAGUUUCAUUGGUAGAUUGUACAAUUUGUAUCUGUGUACGUUUGAUCUAAUCAUGCUCAAAUUUUGGUAUUUCCCUCGACUACAAGAAUCUACCCUACAAUAUUUUAAAGAUCUACCAGAGCCUGUCCCCAAACUGGAGGAUAUAGCCGCAAACGCAGCCAUUCUACUUUUUAAUUCUCAUUUCAGUAUUGAUAACGCAGCUGCGUAUUUGCCAAAUAUUAUAGAAGUUGGUGGAUUGCAUAUUAAAGAAACAAAUGAUACGAUACCAUCGGAUCUUCAAAAUAUUUUGGAUAAUGCAAAAACUGGUGUUGUAUUUUUAAGUUUUGGCUCUAACGUUCAAACAAGUGAAAUGGACAUAGACAAGCUGCAAGCGUUCAUAAAAGUAUUUGGAGAAUUAAAACAAACAGUUUUAAUGAAAUGGGAAAAAGAACCCAUUCAAAAUAUACCUAAAAAUAUAAUUUUAAGGAAAUGGUUUCCACAAAAAGCAGUAGUAGCUCACCCUAAUGUGAAAUUAUUCAUCGGUCACGGAGGUCUGCUAGGACUUCAAGAGACGAUAGCAGCCGGAGUGCCCAUACUGGGGGUACCAGUUUUUGGAGAUCAGUAUCUAAAUAUUAUUGACACAAUUCAAAAAGGUCACGGGGACAUUCUUUAUUAUAAAGAAAUAAACGAAGAUAUUUUACGAGAGAAGAUCAAUAAAUUGCUAAAUGAUAAAACUUAUAUGGAAAAUGCCAAAAAAAUUGCUUCGAGGUUUAAAGAUAGACCGAUGAAGCCACUUGACACAGCAGUGUGGUGGACCGAAUAUGUGAUUAGGCACAAAGGUGCAGACUUUAUUAAACCACCUGUAAUGAGUUACAUCGCAUACCAGAAUCUUGAUGUAUAUUUGUUUAUGAUUAGCAUAUUAGUAAUUAUUUUAUAUACAAUAUUGAAAAUAAUGCAUAUUAUUAAAAAUGUUUUAAAACGCCAAAAAAUCACGAAGAAAAAGAAAAAUUAGCUGAAGUUGUAAAGAAACUGUAUUUUACACUCGACGGCAAUGAACGAGAGACACUUUGUGAGAAGGCUUAGAUGCUAAAUGACCCGUUUUCAUAUUUGUUGCAUUUUGUAUUAUUAUAAAUUAAUAAUAA